CUGACCGUCACAAGAACAUGGAGGUGACAUCUGCCAGUAAGGUUAUCCUGUUUUACCUAAGCACUUACACCAUCUUUUGUAUAUCCUCUAUCUAUUCGGCAGAUAACACUGGGAAUAGUCUGGAAAACCAAGAAAACUAUGAUGACUUACUAGAGUCCACAAAUGAUAUCCAAAAUCCAAGAACAAUUAACUCUGAGGAACUCCAAUAUUGGAAGUCAAAUAUCCAAAAUGAAAUAGGUUCCCUCCUGGCAUACAAAUCUAACAAUCUACCACUACAGAGUGAGAGGCUGGUUUUAGAAGAGAGGGAUAAUAAACCUGCCGCUAAUCUACCUUUGCGAUUUGGAAGAGGUUCUGAAGACGGGAUAGCAAGAAGCAUCCCAAACCUACCACAACGAUUUGGAAGAUAUGUUCCUGCCAGAGCUAAUAUUCAGUCUUUAGCCAAUUUGCCUCAGAGGUUUGGCAGAUCAAGUCACGGUGAGCGUUACACACAGUCUCUUGCCACACUACCACAGAGAUUUGGAAGAGAAACACCCCUACAAAGAUUACAAUAUGGAACGAAGCCUUACCUACAAGACCUACAAAACCCUGAUGAUGACAGAUUACAGAGUUUGAGCUACAGUUAUGAGCCUAACCAAAAACCUGUAUGAGCUGAAGAUACCUUAGCCGGAAGAUUUGCCAUUACUAGAGAGAGAGAAAGAAUCAAACUGAACAGAAAGCAACAUUAAACAUUCUCAUCCUACUGUGGAUCGACUUAUACAUUCACAUACAAAGCCAUCUCUGUAACGUUCUCUGAUCUCAGCAUCUUUACAUGUGUAUCUAUUUUGUGUGCCGCAAUAUCAUAGCAUUAUUUACAUUAAAAGACAAAAUGUGCAUUUGCACUUGAGAUGUAAAUAAAAUAAACUAUUGAAACAAACCCAUAGCCAUAUUUUUUUUUAAUAAAUGUAAGCCUGUAUGGA